AUGGCGGACAGAGAGAAGCGGAAAGCCAGCUCACCAUCUGGCCGCAACAUCCAGGUGAACUCCCCGGCAAGCUUCAGGUUGACCCAUGACAUCAGCCUGGAUGAGUUUGAAGAUGAUGACCUGUCAGAGAUUACAGAGAUCACAGACGAGCGUGGGAUGAGCCUCAAUUGCAAUGGCCCAGAUAUAAAGGGCCAUGUGAGGCGAGGAACCAAUAGCAUGUCGGGGAGGGCGGAGCUGGGCGCCGUCGGCCAGCUCCAGGCAGAGAUGCUGCAUUUGGAACUCAUCGACGGUGCUGACAGUUACCGCGGUGACAAAGAGUCCUCGAAGGCGUCCGGCACCGCACCCCCACCAGUCACCAAGGACCCUACAGCACCUGUUACCAUGGAUACCUACCGGCCCAAGAGACCAACGACCCUUAACCUCUUCCCGAUUGUGCCGCGCACACAGGACACAUUAAACAACAACUCCUUUGGGAAGAAAUACAGCUGGCAGGAGAAGGUUUCAGGCUCAUCCUCACCUCUCAAAACAGGUGAUCUCACCCCUCCGCAUGAGCACAGCUGUCUGAGCGACGAGGACAAGGUGCAGGGCGGGGGAGCGCAGACCAAAGACCGCGGGACUUCCACUGAUGCCCCCUGCAGACACAGCCAUACCUCUGGACACUCAAAUUGCUCAUCUACAGCGGCUGCCACACGCUCCAAGCUUCUGGAGAAGCCGCCUGCGCCACCGCCACCACAGAACUAUACACCAGCUCCUCUAUACCCAGCGGGGAAAACGGAUGGAGGUGGGCACCACCGGGAGAGGAUCCGCUACCAUACAGACGUUCAUCUAGAGCCCACAGAGGAGAUCUAUCUGACUCCUGUGCAGCGUUCCGCUGACCCCCUAGAGCCCAACAACGCUCAGGACCGGCCUUUUCUCUCGCAGCAGACUGAGCAGGGCCGCAUGUCCAUCAGCUCUGACACAGAGGGCCCGCCUCCGUAUCAACCCCUCCCAGACCGGACAAAUCCCUCCAUCUAUGAGGAGGACGAGGUCUAUGUCCCCCCUCCAUCAUAUGCUUCCUGUGUAGAGUCCCUCAUCACACCGCCUAGCAUGGCUGUCUCAGCUCGCUCGUCCCUCGCAUUGGACCUUGGUCUGAAGGGGGCGGGAACAGGUGCCGAGGUCAUGCUGAGAGCUGGAUCAUCUGUGGAGUACGUGGAUGCCACAGAUGAAAGCUACUGCGGGGAGGAUGAGGAUGUGGACAGGAUAAUGUUGGACGGAAGGAUGAGGCAGCUGGGAGGAAAGGGGGACGGUGGUGACAGCAAAGUCUCACUAAGGACUUCCAUGAGCUCUGAGGCCAGCGGCCUUUCAUAUGACUCUGUCAAAUACACACUGGUGGUAGAUGAGCACGCUCAGCUUGAACUGGUCAGUCUCCGGCAGUGUUACCAAGGCUACAGUGACGACAGCGACUCGGCCACUGUCUAUGACAACUGCGUCUCUUCUCCCUACGAGUCAGCUAUUGGGGAGGAGUAUGAGGAGGAAGAUGAGGAGGAGGAGGAGGACAGUGCUCGGAUAGGAGGAGUGAGGAGAGAGGCCACAGCAUGCCUGUCUGAAGACUCCACUCCAGAGGUCGACCUGCACUUCUCUAAAAAGUUCCUCAACGUCUUCAUGAAUGGACGCUCUCGCUCUUCCAGUGCUGAGUCCUUUGGCUUAUACUCUUGUGUCAUAAAUGGAGAGGAGAGGGAUCAAAGCCACAGAGCCGUCUACAGGUUUGUUCCUAGACAUGACGAUGAGUUGGAGAUGGAGGUGGACGAUCCGUUGCUGGUGGAGGUCCAGUCAGAGGAUUACUGGUACGAAGGCUACAACAUGAGAACUGGUGCUCGUGGGAUCUUCCCAGCUUACUACGCUAUAGAGGUGACAAAGGACCCCGAGAGCUACAAAGUGAAGAGCAGUGAAUGGAUGGACAGAUAUAGGCUGAAGUUCCUGGGCUCAGUUCAAGUGCCCUUCCACAAAGGAAACGAUGUUCUGUGUGCAGCUAUGCAGAAGAUUGCCUCCAACAGAAGGAUGACAGUAAAGUACAACCCGCCUUCCUCCUGCUACCUGGAGAUCAGUGUGAAAGGCAUCAAGCUUGCAGUUCAGGAAGAUUAUUAUGCCUGUGACAGAAGUAAUGAGUGCAAUCACUUCUUCCAGUUAAAGAAUGUUUCCUUCUGCGGCUAUCACCCCAAAAACAGCAAGUAUUUUGGUUUCAUAACUAAGCACCCAGCAGACCAGAGAUUUGCCUGCCAUGUGUUUGUGUCUGAAAACUCCACCAAACCUCUUGCAGAGUCAGUAGGGAAAGCCUUCCAGUUGUACUAUAAAGAGUUUGUGGAGGUAUCAUGCCCUACAGAGGACAUCUACCUGGAAUAACCCUGCCCUGCCUUCAACCACAGCCCUGUACAGUACACUGUAUCUUAACAUAAUGUUGCAUGA